AUGGAACAGCAGUCCGUGGAAGACAACAUCGGAUGGAAGGCGGAGAGCGGCGUCAUUUAUUCAUACUUCGGACGUUAUCUUGUGCAAACUCGCCAGCAAGCAAACAGCAUUUAUCUUCUCACCGAACCGUCGGGCAUUGCGGCGCACGACGGUAAGCGCCCUGACGGGUGUACCUUGAUCCCUUGGAGAGCCGGCAGGUGCUUGGCGUGGGACGUUACCGUUCCGGGCACCUUUGCUGAGCGCUACGUGCAGCUUACUAGCAAAGAAAGCGGUUUGGCUGCAACCAGGGCAUCUGACGAGAAGAUCAAAAAGUACGACGGAGCUCUCCCCUCGAUGGAGUUUUUACCGAUUUGUAUCGAGGUCCUCGGCCCCAUGGACCGUAUCACCUCCGGGUUUUUCAAUCGGAUUUGUAAAAAUAUCAGUAUUAGGUCAGGCGAUAGUAGGGAAUAUUUUUUUGCUAUGAAUAAUAUCUCGUGCAUUCUGCAGCGGUUUUUGCGCGUCUGUGUGUUGGAAAAUGUGGAGUUGAAUGCCGACGGGGUUGAGUGA